CUCCGAUCAGCAAAUCUGGAGUCAAAAAUGUCACAGGGAGACACAAUACCUCUAAACUCAACCUCCCAAUCAGACAUUGAUGAAAUUGAAAACCUCAUUUAUUCCCCCCACCCUUCUUCUGCUGUCCUUCCAGCGCGCCCUCCUUCUCCUCCUCGUAUCCCUGUUUCCUCAUCUCCUUUCAUGCCCUCCAAUCUCCCUCCCCCCUCAACCACCAAUCACAAACCGACACCUGUCGUCCCUUCCGUUCCAGCACCCCCGCUACCUUCAUCAGGGGGGACAGCCUAAUAUAUGCCACUGGGUUCCGGAUCUCCACCGAAUACACUUACGGAACCUGUUUGGGAUACGGUGAAAAGAGAUCUGUCUAGAAUUGUGAGUAAUUUGAAGCUGGUGGUGUUUCCUAAUCCUUAUAGAGAAGAUCCUGGCAAAGCGCUUAGGGAUUGGGAUCUUUGGGGUCCUUUCUUCUUCAUUGUUUUCCUUGGUCUCACUUUGUCAUGGUCUGCCUCUGUUAAGAAGUCUGAGGUUUUUGCUGUUGCAUUUGCUCUGCUGGCUGCCGGUGCUGUCAUUCUGACACUAAAUGUCUUGUUACUGGGCGGUCACAUAAUCUUCUUCCAAAGCCUCAGUCUGCUGGGUUACUGUCUAUUCCCACUUGAUGUUGGCGCCUUUAUUUGCAUGCUAAAGGACAAUGUGAUAUUGAAGGUCAUUGUGGUAUGUGUUGCACUAGCUUGGAGCUCUUGGGCUGCAUACCCCUUCAUGAGUACAGCUGUUAACCCUAGGAGGAAAGCUCUUGCCUUGUAUCCUGUGGUACUCAUGUAUGUAUCCGUUGGUUUUCUCAUUAUUGCCAUUGAUUGAUGUCAGUCAUGCCUGUCAUAUGAAAAUGUAUGAAGCCGGUAAACGCACAUUGAAGUAGGCAUAUAAUGUUGUGGACUUUUUGAUUGCCAUACGAAGUUUUAUUGAUAGUUUUGGUUCUACCUCUGAUCUCACAUUUUGUACUACUGUGUGGAUGAUGUUAUAUAAAUCUAGUUAUGGCUGGUGUUAUGUAAGAAUGAAAGACUGACUUCACUGUAAAAGAGAUCUUUUAAUGGUAUGCCUCGACAUAAAGAUG